CCGGUAUCGGUGGAGCUAUAAAACCGAUCGUCCGGAAGCAGCGCACGCUUAAUAUUACCUUGAUCUUGAACCGCGUCGCGCGAUCGGAAACGUCGCGCCAAGCAAACCUAUCGGAACAUCGGAACCGACCGGCCGGAAGUGGGAAAACAUCGACAAACCAUGGCGAUUAGCAUAGGCAGGCGGAACGAUGGGCGGCGGCGGCCACUGGUGGUAUUGGGGUUGGUGUUGAUCGUCUUCAUUGGAGUGACCGUUUCGGCACAGGAGCCCAGUACGGCCGAGGUGAAAGUGGAAAAGUCAGCUUCAGUCGAUUCUUCAGCCCUGCUCGAGACAGCACUCUGCGCGAUCAGAUCCAACCCGGGCCAGUGCGUACGGCAACAGGCGGCCCGUGUGCUCAGCAACUGGGAGGCCAUUCUAAAUGCCAAAAAGAUGGAAAUGCUCGCCGAAGCCGAUAAGGAGGUAACAGCACGACAGCAAAGCCGAGGUCUCAGUGAUGCUGAGAUUGCACGCGGCAAACCCUCCACACUGAUGGAGCAGAUCGAAACCGGACUCGGUGUACUCUCGGAGUUUGUCUCCGAAGGUGUCGAUGAAUACGUCUCCGACAAGGAGCAGGGCAAGGAGGAGGAAGCCUCAUCGAAGACGCAUCUGCACCAUCUGCUGAAGCUAGGUAACGGAGCCGGUGGUGCCGGCCCGGGCACGGGUGCUCCCGUCGGUCGGGCGGACGCCGACGACGAGGACUACCGCGACCAGCUCGCUGCUGUGGAGGAUGGUUUGGUGGAUUAUGCUGGCUUGGCGGGCGGCCCGGAUAAAGCACUUGGUAGAGGCAAGCAAGAGGGUGACCAACUGGAUUAUGGGUUUGGUAGUGGCGAACCUAGUGCUGGUCAUGGAGGCAAGCGCAAGGGCAAGAAGAAGAAGACGUUCAUGAAGCUGUUCAUCCUCGGUGCGGCGCUUAAGGCCAAGAUUGAGCUGUUGCUGAAGAUUUUGUCCUUUAAGCUGCAGCUGAAAUUCUUCGCCGUUGCACUGAUCGGUCUGCUGAUUAACAUCGCUCGGUUCUGGAUCGACUUCAAGAAGCAGCCUUCCCCGCAAAAGGUGAUCUACUACGAACAUGCCCAGCAUCAGCAUCACUACGACGAUCACGGUGACGGUGACUUCGGUGGCUACUGGAAACGAUCACUGCACAACGUGCACGAAGAGGAACCCAACUACCCGGGUGGACACGACCGUGCGGAACGCUACGACGAACCGUACCCGUACCGCAACCCGAAGUACAACCCGGGUACCGGCAACCAUUACGCGCCCCAGCUUGCCGAUCCGCACGCGAUGGCGUACCAGCAGCAGCGGCCAUACUGAUAAGCGGGCGAUACACGCGUAACGCAUUUCCUAGCACAGGGUCGAACGAAGGGCCAAUCUUUCGCCAAGCAAAACCAAACCAGGGCAAGCAUAUCCGCGCGUUUUAUCAUCAUUCGUUAUCAUCAUCAUUGCAUGUUUCAUUACUACUCAAUUUGUACAAAUUUCCACACACGGGAACGCAUUCUUGGUUUCGUUGCCAAAUUGUCCUGUCUCGCAAAACGGACGGACAGUGUCUGCUUGCUUGCCGGUUUUCGUUUUGUGCUGCGAAAAAGCUAAACACAUCAGCCCAGAAAGAUCAAUCCCUAACGGAAUCUAUAGGGUCGUAAAAACACUCUCUCUCUGUCUGUAGUUCCACACCAAAUCGAACGGUGAAUGCGAUAGAUGGAGGGCACAGUUAAUUUAUUAAAACCGUUAAUUUAUUGCUAUUUAUUUUUCACGCCCAAAGACGUCACUCGCCCUCGGUUCGGAUGUUGGUGCGGUGAUUUUAGGGUCGGUAGCGACCAGCGUCUGCUGUAUUUCAUGGCUAGCUGACGCUUGCCGUUCAAUUGUUUUCCCCUUUUUCCCGGUUUGUGUAGUGAACUAAUAAUGUUAAUGUUGUAGGUUAAUAAAUGAAUUUGUGAAAAAACGUGAAAACACACACCCGAACGAACGACGUGGACGAAUGAACGUACAUGUCACUGGAAGUGUUUCCAAAACUAAUAAAUCGUAAAAUAA